AUGCCUCAGAUCACCACCCUCCUGUUCGACUGCGACAACACGCUCGUCCUCUCCGAGGAGCUCGCCUUCGAGGCGUGCGCCGACCUCAUCAACGAGAUCUGCGAGGGCCGCAAGAUUGAUCAGCGCUUCACGGGCGAGACACUGAUCAAGGAGUUCGUCGGCCAGAACUUCCGCGGCAUGAUGCUCGGCCUCGCCAAGCGCUACGGCUUCGAGAUGGCCCCCGAGGAGCUCGAGACGUACGUGACGCGCGAGGAGGACGCCGUCAUCGCCAAGCUCAAGGCCGCCCUCAAGCCCUGCCCCGGCGUCGACGACCAGCUCGAGGCCCUGCAGAAGAGCGGCAAGUACACCAUGUCCGUCGUCUCGUCCUCGGCCAAGCGCCGCGUCUGGGCCUCGGUCGUCAAGGUCGGCCAGGACAAGUACUUCAAGGAGGACGUCGUCUUCAGCGCCGCCACCUCGCUGCCCAAGCCCACGAGCAAGCCCGACCCGGCCGUCUACCUGUACGCCAUGGAGCAGCUCGGCAAAAAGCCCGAGGAGUGCGUCGCCAUCGAGGACUCCAAGAGCGGCACCACCAGCGGCACCCGCGCCGGCAUCAAGGUCAUCGGCUACGUCGGCCCCUACCCCGCCGACAAGCAGGCCGAGAUGGAAAAGGUGCUACGUGACGCCGGUGCCGUCAUCGUGAUGAAGGACUGGAGCGAGUUCCCCGACGCCCUCGCCAAGAUCGAGAGCGGGAGCGCCUGA